UAUUCACUCGAUUCCGAACCAAACGCAGACCAAAGACGUGUAUAUAACAAGCGAUUCACCUUUACAACAACACUACUCAUCUUCACCACGGCAUCACGACUCUACGUCGAAUCUAGACCUCAACGUCAUGUCAUUUAGAGCUCUUCGUACAAUUCAGAGGCCAACUAACAUCGCACGUACAACCAUCGCCAUGCCACAAUCGCAGCAGCAACGCAACCGGACGAGCUCUGCAACAGAAGCGAAUUCCUCUCCGAAACCGCUCUAUGCAUCUCAGCAUCUCCUGCCCCAUCUCCCCGUCCCAUCCUUAAACUCGACCUUUCACAAGUACCUCGAGACCCUGCAACCGCAUCUAGACUCGGCUUCAUUCGACCGCAACUCUUCCCACAUCAAGAACUUCCUCCAAUCUCCGCUCUCGUCUACCUUGCAAGCUCGUCUCGAAGCUCGAGCCAGCGAGAAGGAAUCCUGGCUCUCGGAAUGGUGGAACGAAGCCGCCUACAUGUCUUACCGAGACUCGAUCGUACCCAACGUCAACUACUUUUACCUCCACCGCAAGGGACUAGGGAAGGGAGCGUCUCAAGCUCGUCGAGCUGCCGAGAUCGUUCGUGCCACCCGAGUGUUCAGGGACCUGGUCACUUCGGAGAAGCUCGAGCCGGAAUCUAUCAAGUCUAAACCGCUGGACGCUUCUGCCUAUCCGGCAUUGUUCAACGCUUCGAGGAUCCCGACCAAGCCUAGCGAUACUUUUGAGAUCUACCCUGCUGCAUCGAACGAACACGUCAUCGUGCUAAGGAAGGACCGCUUGUGGAAGGUCGGGACCAAGGGCUUGGCAGUAGGCGAUCUCGAGGGCGCUUUCCAGCAGGUCAUCAAGGCCGGCGAUCAGAGUGGUGCAAGCGAUGGAGUAGGGAUCGGCACGUUGACUGGGGAAGACCGUGAUGUCUGGACCGAAGCUCGGGAUCACCUCGUCAGCCUCUCCCCCGUCAACGCCGAGAUCUUGAAAUCGAUCCAAUCCUCGAUCGUGGUCAUCAACCUCGACGACACGCUGCCUGCCGAGGGCCGGGACGGGAGGAGCUGGAAUCUGUACACUGGGGAUGGCAAGGCGGGGAGGAACAGGUGGUUCGACAAGCACGAAUUUGUGGUCGACCCGAAUGGAGAGUCGGGAUUCAACGGGGAACACUCGAUGCUCGACGGGACCCCCACCUUGCGAAUGAACGAGUUCGUCCUGGCCGCUCUCGAAUCCGGCAAGAUCCCAUUAGACCUCGUCUCUGGAGAGAAACCCGGCAAGAUCGAGAUCGAGGAACUCGAAUUCGUUGUCGACGACAAGAUCAAGGGGCUCGUCGAAGGGGCCAAGAAGAAUUUCGCGGAUUCGCUGAGCAAGCACGAUCUCAAGGUGGUCCACUUUGAGAAGUAUGGCAAGGACGUCAUCAAGAAGCACAAGGUCUCGCCCGACGCCUGGGUUCAGAUGGUCAAACAGCUAGCCUACGGCAAGAUGACCGGAGGGAAGCCCGCCGUCACGUAUGAGAGCGCGCAGACGAGGAAAUUCAGGUUGGGUCGAACCGAAGUCAUCAGGUCGGCCAGUAAUCAGAGUAAGGCCUUUGUGGAUGCCAUGCUAGAUCCCAACGGUUCGGACGUCGAAAGGGCCAAACUCUUCCGAGCAGCUGCGGCGAGGCAUAUUCAGUAUGCAACCUGGGCUGCCGACGGCCAGGGUGUCGAUCGUCACAUGUUCGGCCUGAAGAAGCUCUUGCGUAAAGGCGAGGAGAUGCCUGAAGUCUUCAAGGAUGAGGCGUUUGCUUACUCGUCGACAUGGACAUUGAGCACAAGCAACUUGACCAGCGAAUACCUCGAUAACUGGGGCUAUGGACAAGUCGUCAGCGAAGGGUUUGGUCUCUCAUACUCGAUCUCGGAUCACUACCUCCGAUGGUCGAUCAUGACCACGACCGGCAAGGCCGACGAAUUCAAGAAGAACCUAAUCUGGGCUGCCGAUGAGCUGAGAAAGACCAUGGACAACGCCGCCAAGAGCGAUCAGGGUGAUGCCUCCAAGGCUAAGCUGUGAAGCGGAUAGCGGAGAAAGGAAGAUAAAGUACGAGAGAACAUGUUGUAUGGUCGAUUAACCGGUUCUACAUUGCAUACAUAUAUUCGUCAUGCGGAAUGAUAUGCAAUCGUGAACAGGAACGGGCGGGCUCAUUUCCGCUGGCAUAGAGAUAUGGUCGAGGCUCUUUGG